AUGCAGGAAAGCCGCUCAUAUACAUCAUCUAUCUCUUGUUUCAGCACAGUGCCAAAGAACUAUCAGCAUGUUCUAGCCUUGGUGUUUGCUGUGAAGGAGGUCAAUGAGAACCCCAAGAUUUUAUCCAACAUCACCUUGGGGUUCCAGAUCUAUGACAGCUACUUCAAUGCAAGGAUGACUUAUCAGAAUACUUUGAACCUUGUCUUUCGCCAGAAGAAGACUGUUCCCAACUACAAGUGUGGCAUUGAAAAGAACCUCAUAGCUGUUAUUGGAGGCCUCGACUCUGAAACAUCUCUCCAUAUGGCCUCCAUUUUAGGCUUUUAUAAGAUUCCACAGGUCACCUAUUGUUCAUUUACUCCAGCAGUGAGUGACAACAUCCAUAUUUCUUCCUUAUACCAAAUGGCCCCUGAUGGAGUCCAUCAGUACACUGGAAUUGUUCAGCUUCUUCUGUAUUUUCGGUGGAAGUGGAUUGGGAUCUUUGCCUCAGCUGAUGAUAAAGGAGAAACGUUUGUGAAGACUUUGACACUCCAGCUUUCCCUGAGUGACAUCUGCACAGCCAUCAUUGAAAGAAUGCCAAGCCCCAGUGAUUUAUUUGACAUUUCUGAGCUGAUAGACAAAUGUCAGAAUAUGGCCAGGUCUCUAAGCAAAACAAAUGUCAACGUAUUUGCUGUAAAUGCAGACACUUACACCAUGGCGUAUUUGCAGUGGCUGCUAAUAGUGGGUGUAAUCCUCGAUAUGAGGCCUAUAAACAAGGUGUGGGUUAUGACUGCCCAUUGGGAUUUCCAUUUGGAAACAUUUCACAGAGAACUAGAUAUACAGAACUUCCAUGGUGCCUUAUCCUUUGCCAUUCAUUCCAAUGAGAUUGAGGAGUUUCACAAUUUCCUCAUGAACCUAAAUCCCCACUCUGAUGCUGAUGGCUUUCUCAGGCUCUUCUGGGAACAGGUAUUUGACUGUUUAUUUCUAGAUAUGGACGUGGAGACCAGCUGCACUGGGGAGGAGACGCUGGAGAGCCUUCCUGGGCCUUUUUUUGAGAUGCAAAUGACCAGCCAAAGCUACAGCAUCUACAAUGCUGUCUAUGCUGUGGCACAUGCUUUGCAUUCCAUGUCUGUAUCCAGAACAAAAAAGGGAGGGAUGGUGCUUGCAGAGUAUCAGAAGCUACAACCUUGUCAGCUUCAGCCUUUCCUGAGGAGUAUAUCAUUUAACAACAGUGCUGGGGACACUGUGUUUUUUAAUGAGAAUGGUGAAUUAGAAAGUGGAUUUGAUAUUAUCAACUGGGUGACUUUCCCAAAUAAGUCCUUCUUAAGAGUGAAAGUGGGGGAAAUGAAUCCCCAAGCCUCACAGGGAAGGGAGUUGUCCAUUAAUGAGAAGAUCAUUACAUGGCACUACAGCUUUAACUGGGUUGUUCCCCUUGCCUUGUGUAAUGACCCCUGCCCUCCAGGUUGCAGCAGACAAAGGAAGGAGGGGAAGCCAUUCUGUUGCUAUGAUUGUGUUCCAUGUCCAGAAGGGAAGAUUUCAAACCAGACAGAUAUGGAUGAUUGCUUCCCCUGCCCAGAAGAUCAAUACCCUAACAAGAAGAGAAAUCAGUGCCUUCUGAAGAAUGAAAUCUUCUUGUCUUAUGAUGAACCUUUAGGCAUCAACUUAGCUGUUUUAGCUGUUACUCUUUCUGUGACCACAACAUUGGUACUUGGAAUCUUCAUUAAGCACCGGAACACUCCCAUUGUGAAAGCCAACAACCAGAACCUCACCUACACUCUGCUCAUCUCCCUCCUGCUCUGCUUCCUCUGCUCCUUGCUAUUCAUUGGCCGCCCGCAGUUACUGACCUGUCAUUUGCGACAAACUACCUUUGGUAUAAUCUUCUCUGUGGCUGUUUCUUCUGUCUUGGCAAAAACCCUCACUGUGGUUCUAGCUUUCACGGCCACUAAGCCAGGAUCCAAGAUGAGAAUAUGGGUGGGGAUAAGGUUUUCAAACUCUAUUAUUCUUGGCUGCUCAUUUAUCCAAGCAAGUAUUUGCACAAUCUGGCUUUGUACUGACCCUCCAUUCCCAGAUUUGGACAUGCACUCUCUGCCAGAAGAAACUGUAGUGAAAUGCAAUGAAGGUUCAACCAGCAUGUUCUACUGUGUUCUUGGCUACAUGGGAUUACUGGCUCUUGUCAGCUUCAUUGUGGCUUUCUUUGCUCGGAAGCUGCCAGAUGCUUUUAAUGAAGCCAAAUUUAUCACUUUCAGCAUGUUGGUGGUUUGCAGUGUAUGGCUGUCUUUUGUUCCAACUUAUCUUAGCACUAAAGGAAAAUACAUGAUGGCUGUGGAGAUCUUCUCCAUCUUGACCUCCAGUGCUGGGAUACUGGGUUGUAUCUUCUUCCCUAAAUGUUAUAUAAUUGUUCUGAGGCCUGAACUGAACAGUAAGGGCCAUCUAAAAAGAGAGAGAUAA